AUUGGCUGUGAGAGGCUGUGCUCCACCCUUUGUCCUACGUAACGAAUCAUGGCAGAUCAACCUCGUGCUUCCGUUUCGUUCUUGUGGGAUAUUAAGAAAGCCUGCUAUGUUUCAAGGCCAAGCAAGUCAUCAAGGAUAUCAAUUAGCUCUUGAAUACUCAGGUACUUUAUCAUUUUGUCUCCACGAAAGUCAGAACCAGGAGCAAGUACUGACCUGUUGUCGAAAUGUGCAGAUAUUGAUCGAGCAUGGCUGUCUCGGUGGCGAGAAAGGUGGUGGAAUUUGGAAACACGAGUUGCGCGGCCCAAGUCGUUUGGUUUCUUUGUUCGGAGGUUCGAUUAGUGCGCGACCCAAUUUAAACUAGCUCGAAUGUGUAGAAAAGCCCCUUCCGAAAACAUGGCCUUGAAGGCUGAGCUGGGGCUUCGGGCUGCAUGGUUCAUGGUUGACGCAGCCCAUUGUUCCUUCUUCAAAUCCACAGUGACUCCAGGUAGAGAUUGGGUCACCUUCAUCCGCGCAUCUCGGCGGAAUACGCGGUUUUGCAUGCAGCUGCAGGCCAAGUUUCGCAAACUCGAAGCAACCUGCAUCUUCCCGGCUUCAGCUCCGAAGAUGCCCCCUGUCGCGCCCUCUCUUCGAAUAUCUUGUGGCCCCAAGAUUAGCUUGAUGCUUGUUCCCGCCAAUGAAUAUGCAGUGCGAGGAAAAGAUGCCGACCACGAGGUAGAGACCCGCGGGUCUUAUGCCGCGGCCCAUGUGCUCUCUUGUGCUCUGGAACCUAUCGACCAAACGAGAUAUCCUCCUUUGUCACACGAGCGCGGGGGAUUUCAACCGUCCACAACAGCGGGCUCUGAUGCACGCUUACCGCGACGACAACCCCUGAGGCUCGAUUGGCAUUCCACCCACAGCACGCGAUAUCUCGCCGGUUUUCGUCGAGGUCAACCUUCUAGUUGAAUAUAACGCAAUCCACUCCAUGGUUGGGGCAGAUGGGCGAGGGCCACCACUCGUUCUCACCUGACCAUCGUCUGAAGAUACCUGGUAUCCAAUCCUGUUCUAAUGUAAACCUGUUC